AUGCGAACAAUGAAAGCCGAAUGGAGGACAUGCCCUCGAUGUAAAAACCAAGGGCUGAAGCCGGACAUGAUGAGUUGCGACAAGCAGGGAUACACAAAGUAUUGGUGGAUCUGUGAGAAUUUUAAUGUCUGCAACUUUCCACUCGACAUGCCUUCAAACAUCUAUCACGUCAAUCAAAGUCCAUUUCAAAAACGUCAAAAAUGCAUACCACUUCCAAACAUCCUCAAACUCCCGGAAAAAUAUCGCUACUUGUAUCCGCUGACAUUCUCUAACUCUCGACCAACUUCAAGAUGUUCAAGUGUGGUUUCCAAUUCAGCAAAUUCUAGAAAUGAGACAACAAUUGAUUCGUCUGAUGGAACAAUUUCGGAAAAGUCAAGUGGGCAAGACCGUUUGAAAGCUGAUAGUGUCUGGAUAGCGGAUAAUAAUAAUUCUACCCCAUCCACCUCCGCACAAUCGAAAUCUGAAACCGCUGAUAUUGAUAACGACAACAUUGAUGAGGAAAUCGAAGCGGCUGCUAGAAAAUGUGGUACAAGCCGAACGAUCAGAAGGAAACGGUUUCACAAUAACUCCUCGAAGUCGUGGUCAUCUCUAAUUGAGAAAGUUGCUGCAGAUCCGAAAGCAUCGACUUCGAUUCUCAAAAUGGAGGAAUCCGAGUUGGUGCAUCGAAUGGAGGAGUUUUUUGAAGACCGGUACUUCCAACUUGUUCCGACUACAUUCAAACGUCCAGGAGUACGAGUAACCUACCAAGUUGAAGAUGUUGAGAAAUGCUUACAAACCAUUACUCACAAAGAUUGGACAAGUGCUAGAAAACGAUUGACUACAAUGUCAGUUUCUGAACAAGUUGCAAUGAAAACAUCGAAUGCUGAAGAGCUGUUAAAAAGUGUUGGAAUCAAUUUGCAAGAAAGAAGGAAAGCAGUUGGAGAGAAAGUUGGAAAAAUUAUGAGAGGACUAAGCUCUGAAAACAUGCCGAAACGAAGGAAGCUCGCCGAAGAGAAACGGAAAGUAACAGAACAGAAACGAAGGGAAUCUAUUCAGAACACUAUCCAUAAAUCAGUUUCUGCGAGAAUUCUGAAUAAAAAGUUGAGACGAGACGAGGAGGAAAGAUCUCGUGCGAGUACUCCUGCCAGUUCAAUUCACGACUUCCAACGAUUCGAUGAAGUAUUGCCACAAGAGCCCGCGUCAUCAUCCUAUUAUGUUGAACCAGAUGCGAAUCCAGAGCCUGUGCAAUUUCAUCUUGGAAAUGAAACAGAAGAUGUCGCGGACGAUCAGGAUCAUCAUUGGGGAUUUGAUUUGGACGGACUAUAUGAUAGUAUUCACGCUGACAACAAUACAAUUCCAUUAGACCCUCAUAUGGAUGCAAUUCUCUCUCAACUGGAUGACCCUAAUAUUCCGGCAGAACAUGAAGAGAGUCAGGAGCGCCCACGACACCUGGAAGAGGAACAACAUCAUUAUUCUGGUGACGAGGCUGAUGCAGCUGAUGUCGACGGAAUUGAUUUUACGGGUUUCGGUGAUGAUGAUGGACAAAGUUUCGGAGGAAAUAAUAAUUCUAAUUUUGAUUUUGUUAAUGAUAAUUUUGGAUUCUAA